CCCAAUAGUGGCUUUUUUUUUUUUUUGAAAUAAGCCAAUACUGGCCUUUUACUUUUCCUCUUCUUCCUCUUGGCAUUAGAUUUUCCUGGGAAAGAAAAUCUUCUGGAAUAGAAAGGAAAGGGAGAGAGAUAGAAACAGGGAAAGGAAUCCAAGGAACAGCUAUGGCUCCUCAUGGGGAGGGAUCAGAUGGUGCAGUAGAAGCCAUGGCUGCUCAAGUUGAAAACCACCCCAUUUCAUCCAUCCUUAUCAUCAUCGCUAUGCAAACAGAAGCUUUGCCAGUGGUUAAUAAGUUCCAGUUGACUGAGAACCCUCACCCUGCGUUUCCAAAAGGGGUCCCAUGGGUCCAUUAUCAUGGUACAUACAAAGAGAUUACAAUAAAUCUAGUUUGGCCUGGAAAAGAUUUAACUUUGGGGGUUGAUAGUGUUGGUACGAUUUGUGCCUCUCUUGUGGCCUAUGCAUCUAUCCAGGCAUUGCAACCGGACCUGAUCAUAAAUGCUGGCACUGCUGGUGGCUUUAAGGCAAAGGGAGCAGGCAUUGGUGAUGUUUUUCUUGCAUCUCAUGUUGCAUUCCAUGAUAGAAGAAUACCAAUCCCAGUUUUUGAUCUGUAUGGAGUUGGUUUGCGGCAGGCCUGCUCAACACCAAAUCUCUUGAAGGAGCUUAAUCUAAAGACUGGCAAAUUGUCCACAGGCGACUCUUUGGAUAUGUCCCCUCAGGAUGAAGCAUCAAUCACGGCAAAUGAUGCUACAGUCAAAGACAUGGAGGGAGCAGCUGUUGCCUAUGUGGCUGAUCUUUUAAAAGUUCCCGUAAUAUUUGUUAAAGCAAUUACAGAUAUAGUAGAUGGUGAGAAACCAACUGCGGAGGAAUUCCUGCAGAAUUUGGCUGCAGUGACUGCUGCACUUGAUCGAGCUGUUACUCAAGUCAUCGAUUAUAUCAGUGGAAAGUGCCUCCCUGAACUUUGAUUUUGCCUUAAUCUCACUCUCAUUUGGAAAUAUAUGUGACAAUAAAACUUGUAAUUCUUAGUUCCAUGAGAUGCCAACAUGAGAGAUGAGUAUUUUUUAAGAUAAAAGCAGCAAACAAAUUCAUAGUUUGAGUAAGCAUGUGUUUGAAUAAAACAGUAUUAAAGGUGUUAUAUUGUUAAGUUCAUUGUACUCUGGCUUUGGCGUUUCCUUGAAUUUUGCUUACCCCGAGGAAUUUAUGCAUCUAAGCCUUUGAUCGAAUUUUACGUGGUUUGAUAGCUGCCAUGUGAUUAUUUCUUUGUUUUAGCUAUAGCUUGAGCACGUGUUUUUCUGAAGGAAUGUAUUUGUUGUGUAGUACUUUGAGUGGAAGAAUUUAUCCGUGGUGUUGAACAAGAAAUAAAGGAGAGCAUUGGUGUA